CUUUACAUAACGUGUCCAUCUUAAUGUCUUACAAGCUUCAGCGCGUCAAAACUUCUAAAGCCAAUUUUACACAUCAACCACCAUAAUGGCUAUUCCUGCUGGAGGUUCACCAGCCGCAGUACUGGUGCUUAACGUCGCCACUGGUCGUAGCUCUCUGUCAAAGUUCGUUCCGCCAUGUCUAUUCGUUCUGGAUGCGGUGCUUUGCGCACUCAUCAUAUGGAAGAUCCCAUAUACGGAGAUCGAUUGGAAGGCAUACAUGGAACAGGUCUCGCAGUUCGUGUCUGGCGAAUACGACUAUACCCUUAUUAAGGGAGGCACUGGACCCCUCGUUUAUCCAGCCGCGCACGUCUACACAUAUACUGCUCUAUACUACCUGACGGAUGAAGGCAAGAAUAUACUCCUUGCGCAAGAGAUAUUCGCAAUUCUGUAUAUGGCGACUGUGGCACUGGUAAUGGCCUGUUACUGGAAAGCGAAGGUACCGCCUUACGUCUUUCCUUUACUAGUUCUCUCGAAGCGACUCCACAGUGUCUUCGUAUUACGCUGCUUCAAUGAUUGUUUCGCUACGUUCUUCCUCUGGCUCGCCAUAUUCCUGUUCCAGCGACGAUAUUGGGCUGCUGCAAGUAUUGUGUACUCGUGGGGUUUAGGAAUCAAAAUGUCGUUACUACUAGUGCUUCCGGCCAUCGGUGUUGUCUUACUUCUAGGAAGGGGAUUCUCGGGUAGUUUGAAAUGUGCCAUGAUCAUGGUCAAUAUUCAAAUUGCUAUCGCCUCCCCGUUCUUGCAAGAAAAUGCAAGAGGCUACGCCAGUAAAGCCUUUGAGCUAACCAGACAAUUCUUUUUCAAAUGGACCGUCAACUGGCGCUUCGUGGGAGAGGACAUAUUUCUCAGUCGGCCAUUUUCCUUGUUCCUCUUGGCGAUGCAUGCUAUAGUUUUGAUAGGCUUUGUUGUCAACAAAUGGUUGAAGCCCGCGCAAAAGCCCCUCUUCGCGAUGGUUGCGCCAAUCCUGCAGCUCAGUUCGCCUUUUAGUCCGCAAGAGGAGCGUGAGGUGGCCUCACGCGUAACCCCCGAGUAUGUAACGACGACCAUUCUCUCGGCAAACAUCAUUGGGCUCCUCUUCGCGCGCACGCUGCACUACCAAUUCUACGCCUAUCUCGCAUGGUCCACCCCAUACCUUCUCUGGCGAAGCGGAGCUCACCCCGUCGUUCAAUAUGGGCUUUGGGCUCUUCAAGAAUGGGCUUGGAACGUCUUCCCGAGCACUUCUAUUAGCUCAAGCGUUGUGGUAGGCGUCCUCGCUAUGACUGUUGCCUUACUAGUCCCCCAGAAGGACGCACCUACAGCGUACGUGUCGCUACGUGACUCCAUACGCAAGCGCAAGUACACUUGAGUCCGACGAAGAUGACCGAUGGAAAAUUUAAUCUUCGUCUUCGGGAUCCGAUGGUGGCAUCUUGCCUGCAAUCGAGUCUUCGUCCUCGUCAUCGUAGGUAACCCGCGGAAACUCCUUCGGCCAAUAGCUCUGUUUGCGCCAUUCCUUUUCGUCGCCGACGAUAUUGAUAAUCUCGCCUUCCACCCUCCCUUUCUCUUCCUUGGAGGAAGUGAACUCUACUAGGACAUAUCCUCCACGCCUGAUCCAAACGGUGUUGCGGAAACGAGAUGCAAGCCCGACGAGCACGGUUCGUCUAUUGGGCAGAGAGCAGGCGUAGAGACUGUUGCCCUCGGCCUUGAUCACCUUGGCGAGCGACUGGUUUUCAGUGAGUUGGUCAGGAGGCGUCGUCGCCUCUUCCGCAGCUGCGCGUAUGUCGCGCUUUGGCCGACCCAUCUCGAAUUAUAGACAAUUUGCGAUUUACAGUCUACAGCAAAGCAAAGGUCUCCGAUGACUUUUUAGUUUAGGACAAUGAGAAUUCCGAGUAAAUCUGAAAAAUAUAGCGGGGCUGCGGGGAUGAUUGCUCUCUCAUUUAUCCGUAGUUCUGCCAGCGAUAUACAUAUGUACAAUCAAGUCGGAGGCUUAAUUAGAUGUUGUAACAUUUGAACGUCCUUAAAUACCUGCCAG